ACCCGUUUUGCGACGACAGUCUUUUUUGAGGUUCUCGAACUUUUCGUCGCGACAAGAACCAAUCCACCACCGACGCCCUCAUCUGGAUCUACCCAAAUUACCCGCGACGACAGGGGCAUCGCUACUGACACACGAAUUCGACGGAAGAGUUUUCAACGACGCAGCAUCGCGAAGAUGUCGGACCAGAAGGACGUCAAUAAGGAGGUUACCAGACUGUGGAGAGCAUGGAGGACAGCCCACGAGAUGGCUGCGGACCGCGGCUAUGAACUCGCCGAGGACGAACUCACAAUCUCUCUCGACCGCUUCAAGAUGGAGUACACCAGCGCCGACGGCAGCGUCAACCGUGGCAAGCUCCAGUUCUCCGCGAACCCCUCCGCCGACAUGAUCCGCAAAUUCACACCCCCCGCGACGCCCAACAACCCGAACCCGACGCCCGACUGCGGCACCCUCUGGGUCGAGUUCCUCGCCGACACGACGUUUGGCAUCAAGGAGAUCAAGAAGUUCAUCCACCACCUCAUCAGCAACAAGUACUCGUCCGGCAUCAUGGUCACCCACGUGCCCCUCUCCCCCGCCGCCCGCAAGAUGCUCGUCACCAUUGAGUCCUUUGCCAAGGUCGAGUGCUUUCUCGAGGACGACCUGCUCGUCAACAUCACCCAGCACGAGCUCGUGCCCAAGCACAUCCUCCUCAGCCGCGAGGAGAAGAUUGCCCUCCUCAAGCGCUACCGCCUCAAGGAGACGCAGCUGCCGCGCAUCUUGCAAAAGGACCCCGUCGCGAAGUACCUCGGCCUCAAGCGCGGGCACGUCGUCAAGAUUAUUCGCACCUCGGAGACGGCCGGACGUUACGCCAGUUACAGAUUGUGCGUGUAA